GCGGGCGAGCGCGCGGGAAGGCGCCGGGCCGUGACCGCCAUGGAGGUGAGCCACUCGGUGAAGGAGCGCACCAUCGCCGAGAACAGCAUGGUGAUCCUGCUGCAGGGCCUGUGUGGCCGUGUCACCACCGUGGAGCUGCGUGACGAGAGCGCGGCCGCGGGGCGUGUCACCAGCGUGGACGCCUUCAUGAACGUGCGCCUGGCUGAGGUGACCUUCACGGACAGGCAGGGCACCGUGUCCCACCUGGACGAGCUCUUUGUGACCGGCAGGAACAUCCGCUAUGUACACAUCCCCGACGAGGUGGACAUCCGGGCCACCAUUGAGGAGCAGCUGCAGGCCAUCCACAGGGUGCGGUACUUCGGGGGUCGUGACAAGGGCCGCAGGGAGUUCCUUCAUGAUAAGCACAAGUGACAACCUGGUGCUGCCCACAACAGCAAGGACGGAGUCAAGAAUGGGCUUGGAUGGACAUGCCCCUUUGGUGGACUGCCAGCCCUCUCCAUGCCAGCCAUCCUGCCCAAUGUCAUCACCCUAGGAACAUUUUCCUCAAGGGACUUGGGGCUCUGCUGUUCCCCCAG